CAACAAUGAAUAUCGAUUAGUUAUUUUUAUUUAUUUAUUUAAAAAGUGUUCUGUCAAGAAAAUAUCAAAUUCAAUAAAACUAUUUAAAAAUUAUUAGCUAUAAAUAAUCAAUCUUCAGUGUUAGAAAAAAUUCUUUUUAUUCAGUAUUGAAAAUGUCAUUUAAUACAGAUUCUGAUUUAGAGACGAAAGUGCGUAAAUCAACUGAACGAAUAUCGGAGAAUAUGCAUAUAGUAGCAAAUGAGCCUUCACUUGCUUUUUAUAGACUACAGGAACAUGUUAGAAAAGCUUUGAAUCCAAUGGUAGAACGUAGGGUAGAUGUAAAUAAACUUCACACGGAAUUGCAGGGUCGUUGUUAUGAUAUUGAAUAUGCAGUGGGGGCAUUAAAAAGUAUGGCAAAAGCUGAAGAUAGUUUUAAAAACAUUCAAGAUAACCUAAAGAAUGCAAUUUUUCUCAAACAACAACUCAAAUAUGAAGAGUCUAGAAGAAAAAAAUCUGAUACUAAUUCUGUAUAUAAACGAUUAUCUGCUCAUAUUACUUUGGAUCUACCUGAAUUACCAGAAUUGUCUGAUGUAGUUAGAGAGACAGCUAAUCGUGUUGAACACAUGAUGUCUAAAGCAACACAUUCUAGUAGUUAAAAGUAGUAAAAUAAUGUUUAAAUUGUGUUAAUCUGUGUAAUUUAUUUUUAUUUUGGUUGAAUAAAUUUUAUAUCUAAUAUUAA